AAAAAAAACAAUUUGAGAUUAUAUAUACAUGCCACUUGACAUAUUGAUGAAAACCAUGUAAUCAAUCAUUCAUAUACAUUUUCAUCGUCAAAUAUGACUAUGAGUGAACUAGGUCCAUAUUUAGCAGUGUUAACAAUGCAAUUAAUAUAUGCCGGGAUGACCUUGAUGUCCAAGGCCGUGUUUAACGAAGGAAUGAAAACCUCUGUGUUUGUCUUCUACAGACAACUGAUUGGAGCCAUGAUUAUGGUCCCUUUGGCUUUGAUAUUUGAACGCAAACAAGCCGUGCCAGUGAAAUUCUCAUUUAAGACCAUCUUCAAGAUUUUUAUGCUUUCACUAUUUGGAAUUACUUUAGCUCUGAAUGUGCAUGGUAUUGCCCUUGUUUACACUUCUGCUUCGUUGGCUGCUGCUAUUGUUAAUUGCCUUCCUGCUUGUACAUUCUUCUUUGCUGUUCUGCUCAGAUUGGAAAAGGUAAAUAUAAGGACAAUAUCUGGAAUUUCAAAGAUAGUGAGUGUAUUAUUGUGUAUGGCUGGUGUUGCGAUUCUGGCAUUUUACAAGGGACCUCAAAUACGGAUUGCGCGGCAUCUCCUAUCUGGAUAUCAUCACAACUAUCAACAACAUAAAGAUAGUGAAUCACAUGAGAAAAAAUGGAUUUUGGGUUCUUUCCUCUUGUUCCUAGCCACAGUCAUGUGGAGUUUGUGGAUUGUAUUUCAGGCUCAGUUACUUAAAAGUUACCCUUCAAGAUUAAGGUUCAUGAGCAUUCAGAGCAUAUCUAGUGCAAUUCAGUCAUUUAUCAUUGCUAUAGCUUUUGAAAGAGAUUUUGAGCAGUGGAAGUUGGGUUGGAACAUGAGACUGUUAGCUGCUGUUUACUGUGGGGUACUAGUGACUGGAGUUUCAUAUUACCUGCAAGCAUUGGUGAUUGAGAAGAGAGGACCAGUUUUCUCAGCAACUUGGAAUCCACUGAGUUUUAUAAUUGCCACAAUUGGUUCUGUCUUCCUCUUGGGUGAGCCACUACGUUUAGGGAGUGUUUUGGGUGGGAUUGUGCUGGUUUUAAGUUUGUAUACUAUUUUAUGGGCAAAAAGAAAAGAAGGAGUCACUCAACACAAUUCUUUACCUAUUCAAGGAUAUAACAAAGAAUGUCCAGAUCAGGUGAAAACAGAGGACAUAUGCACCAAACCACCGCAAUGAGCAUGGUUUUUUUUUGUUUUCUUUGCUGGUUAUUCCUCUUUAUAGCCAAACUGCCAAACUGGGUUAACAGCAAAAAUUAGUAUGUAUCAAUUAAUAAGCAAAGCUUUUUUUUUUGGGCAGUGAUCUACACUACACUGAUUGCAUUUGAAAUUUGUUUUAGACUAA